UGCAACAUGGCGCUGGGCGGCGCCCUAUACCGAGCACCCAUCAAGUCGAGUUCAAAGAAUAUCCUUGACCUAGGGACGGGAACCGGAUCGUGGGCAAUUGACAUGGCCGACCUCUUUCCCGAAGCCGUUGUGACUGGAAAGCUAUCCACUCUCAACAGUCUAGGUUUUUGAUUGUUGAUUAUUUGAUUACAGGGACGGACUUGAGCCCAAUUCAGCCGAAAUGGAUACCCCCAAACUGCCGAUUCGAAAUCGAUGACUUCGAAUCGCAGUGGAACUUCUCGCACCAGUUCGACUUCAUCCACAUGCGAG